UCGACCGACCGAGCGAUGGCGCCCUCUGCCUCCAAGGAAGAGCACCACCACCAGCACAGCAGCGACUCGUCGUCUGCCUCUGCGCGCCGGCUCGCUGCCAUCGCUGGCCAGCUCGGCAGCGUUACCUCGUCCUCGGUCCAGGUGCUCUCCUCGUCGCGGCGCCACCCUUCGUCGUCGUCUCACUCGUCGUCUUCAUCAUCAUCAUCACGCUCGCACAAGGAAUGGCGGCAUCUCCCCUCGUUUUCCUCCUUGCCGCGCGAAGGCGGCUUCCCCGGCUGUGCGUGGUCCGUCUGGGGCAAGGGCGACGAGCUGGGCACCGUCAACCUCCUCACCGACUCUGUCGUGCUCCGUACCGCCAAGGACGAGAUCCGGACCGGCCACACCGUCUCGCUCAACCUGCCGCUCCACUUGCCCCUCAAGCCCUUUUUCCACCGUAAAGCCCUCGACCACACCAUCUGGGGUAAAAAGGGCGGACGGUACCAAGAGGCGCGCGAGGCCGUGCGUGCAGCCAUGGGCGAGCAGGGCCACGCCGUCCAGAUCCGGGCCAAGGGCGAGGAGGCGGCCGUGAGCGACGAGGAGAUCCACCUCAACAGCCAGAGCGGCACUCAGUGGGACGGCCUAAGGCACUUUGGCCACUUGACCCUCGACUGCUUCUACCAGGGCGUGCCCCGUGAUGCGAUCCAGUCCACCUUUGGCACGCAGAAGCACGACGCAAUCGAGCCCGCCAAGGACACCGACAGGCUCGGCAUCCAGUCCUGGGCCCGCCACGGCAUCUGCGGCCGCGCUGUUCUUCUCGACGUCUGGGGCUACCUCCAGGCAAAGGCGGCCGGCGGGGGUGACUUUGUGCCGUACGACCCCAUGACGUCGCACGCCAUCUCUGUCGACUUGCUCCAGGAGGUCGCCCGCGCCCAGGGCGUCCGCUUCCGUCAGGCCGACAUCCUCCUCGUCCGCCUUGGUUUCACUCAGCGCUACCUCCGCGCCACGCCCGCCGAGCGCGAGCAGUGGGAGGCGCGCUCGGCUGCCGGCAAGGAGGAGCUCGCCGGCCUGGAGCAGGGCCAAGCCAUGCUCGAGUUCCUCUGGGACCACCACUUUGCCGCCGUCGGCUCCGACAUGCCCGCACUCGAGCGCUGGCCCGCACCCCGCGGCGCCACCUAUCUCCACGAGACGCUCCUCACCUUUUUCGGCAUGCCCAUCGGCGAGCUCUUUGACCUCGAGCGCCUCGUCGAGCACUGCCGUGCCACCAGGCGCUGGUCCUUUUUCCUCUCGAGCUGGCCUCUCAACCUCCACGGCGGCGUCGCCUCCCCCGCCAACGCCGCUGCUCUCUUUUAGAAAGAAAGAAAGAACCCCUCCUCCCUGCUUCGUCUCUGCUCUCCCUUCUCUACACAAAGCCAUACACACAACACACACGCAUUCACCAUUCUAGGUCUUUUAUUUUUGUUGAAACAAUGCCUCUAAAAGAAUGAAAAUGAAAAUGCUUAGA